GGGUCCUCCUUCUAUUUGAAGAUCCCCAGACUGUAAAACAGAAGACUCAAAAGAGAUUUUUGGAAUGGGGGAUUUGGGAGUUACAUGUUUGGUAUGAGUGAACGGAUUGCCAGUCAAUCAGGUGACAACGGUGGCUACAAGAACCCAGCACUAGGAUGGAUGAUCGGCUUUCUUUUCAUGGUUAGCUUUCUUGGCCUCUUCUCAGUGGUGCCACUUCGAAAGAUCAUGAUCAUAGACUUCAAACUGACAUAUCCAAGUGGUACUGCAACUGCUCAUCUUAUCAACAGCUUCCACACCCCUGAAGGAGCAAAGCUAGCAAAGAAGCAAGUUCAAACAUUGGGCAAGUUCUUUUCUUUUAGCUUCUUGUGGGGUUUCUUUCAAUGCAGUGGCUUCUGGUUUGAUAUGUGGGGAUGGCAUAUGGACUUUGCCUAGUUCAAUACUUGCUUUAGCAGGCGUUAAGCCCCCAAUUUGCAUGAAGUUUCUGUCAAGGGCAACAAACGAUAAAGUCGAUAAUUUCUUGGGCAGUUGAGCCCAUAAAACCCGAGGUCAGACUAUGAUACAUAUAUAUGCAUACAUUUGAUCGUGCAUCCAAUGUUGUACAAUAUUUCUAAAUUUCGUUUUCUGUUUUUCCACUGUAAUAUGGUUAGUAUGGUAAAGAGAAUCAUGUUCAGAUGAACUGUUCCCCAAACUAGGAAAAAGGAUUGAAAAAUUAUGUUUGUGUAUUAGCGUAUGCAGCAUGUCUUUGAAUGUCAGAACUUAAAACAACUUUUAUGC